AUGUCGCUGGAGGUCAACAGUAAGUGUCUGGCAUUCCAUGGACCUCUUUUAUAUGCCGCAAAGAUCCUCAAGGUGCAUAACUUGCCCGGAGAGAGUGAGGAUAAAGAGGGAAUCCCCGCCAAUCUGAUCGACAAGGAAUGUUAUUACAUACAUUACCAAGGAUGGAAGUCGUCUUGGGACGAGUGGGUCGAACGUGAUAGAAUUCGCGAGUGGAAUGACGACAAUUUGGCGCUGAAGAAGAAAUUGGUCGAGGAUGCACGCGAAAGCCAAGCCAUUAAGAAGAAAGCUACUACUAAGCCCAAGAAGGCGGACUCAAAAAAGAAGAAAACAGCGGGCGCUGCUCCCGAGGAAGCUGCACCUACUGGCCCACGUAUCAUUGUGCAUGUGCCCCACGAGCUGAAAAUUGUGCUCGUAGAUGACUGGGAGCUCAUUACCAAGGAUAAAAAGCUGGUUUCACUGCCCUGUCGGCCCACUGUAGGCGAACUUUUAGACAAAUAUUACAAAGAAAUCAGCAGUACAGAGACCUCUCCUGUUGUGCAAUCGCAACUACAAGAAUACUGUAAAGGCAUACGUCUUUAUUUCGACCAGUGCCUCCCUGCGAUGCUGUUAUACCGGUUUGAGCGACUGCAACUUGCGGAUUAUGCACAAGAGCCAUUACAUACGGUAUACGGUGCCAUACAUCUACUUCGUCUUCUUACAACAUUACCCGAACUGGUUGCAUCGACAUCCAUGGAUGAGCAAAGCUGCGAUGUCAUCGUCACUCAAACUGAUCGGUUACUGCUAUGGCUAGCACAGCAAAAAGAUCUGUUCCACUCAAAUCUAUACGAAAACACGAGCAGCCAAUACGAGGGCGUCGCUCUUGGCAUGUAG